AUGGGUCAAUCUCCUUCCAGCGGUGCAGGCGGAAACAAGAAACCGGGACCAAAUGACAAGAAAGACAAGCCCAAGUGGGAACCCCCUGUCCCUACGCGUAUCGGAAAGAAGAAGAAGCGUGGACCCGACGCCUCCUCUCGUCUCCCUGCCGUCUAUCCAACCACUCGCUGCCGGCUCAAGCUGCUCAAGAUGGAGAGAAUCCAAGAUUACCUUCUAAUGGAGGAGGAAUUCGUCUCGAAUCAGGCUGCGCAGUCUGGCGAGGACAAGACAGCGGCCGACCGCACUCGUGUAGACGAACUUCGUGGCUCGCCCAUGGGCGUGGGAACCCUGGAGGAGAUCAUCGAUGACGACCACGCUAUUGUCUCCUCCGGGGGUGGCUCCGAAUACUACGUCAACAUCAUGUCUUUUGUGGACAAGGAUCUUCUCGAGCCCGGAUGUUCUGUUCUUCUUCAUCACAAGAACCACGCCGUCGUUGGCGUGCUCGCCGACGACACUGAUCCUAUGGUGUCGGUCAUGAAGCUUGACAAGGCCCCAACCGAGAGCUAUGCCGACAUUGGUGGUCUUGAAAGCCAGAUUCAGGAGAUCAAGGAGUCCGUCGAGCUUCCUCUUACCCAUCCCGAGCUGUACGAAGAGAUGGGUAUUCGACCACCCAAGGGUGUCAUUCUCUACGGUGUACCCGGUACGGGUAAAACUCUCUUAGCAAAGGCUGUCGCCAAUCAGACCUCGGCCACCUUCCUCCGAAUAGUGGGAUCUGAGCUUAUUCAGAAAUAUCUCGGUGAUGGGCCCAAACUUGUGAGAGAGCUGUUUAGGGUGGCUGAAGAGAACGCGCCCAGUAUCGUGUUCAUCGACGAGAUCGAUGCUGUCGGUACGAAGAGGUACGACUCUACUUCCAGCGGGGAGAGGGAGAUUCAGCGAACUAUGCUUGAAUUGCUGAACCAGCUGGAUGGAUUUGACACGCGAGGCGAUGUCAAGGUCAUCAUGGCUACCAACAAGAUCGAGAGUCUUGACCCCGCAUUGAUCCGUCCAGGUCGUAUAGACCGAAAGAUUGAAUUCCCUCUUCCCGACACUAAAACCAAGCGUCACAUCUUCAAGCUUCAUACGUCGAGGAUGUCACUAGCUGAGGACGUUGACAUCGAGGAGCUGGUUAUGACCAAGGACGAACUGUCAGGAGCGGACAUCAAGGCUGUUUGUACCGAGGCCGGCUUGCUGGCGCUGCGCGAGAGACGGAUGAGGGUGACAAAGGCCGACUUUACAGCUGCCAAAGAGAAGGUCUUGUAUGGAAAAGAUGAGAAUACUCCUGCCGGAUUGUACCUUUAA